GGCGGUCUUUGCGUCGUGCGCACCUUGAAGAGGGGCGACUGCGAGGGGAUCACCGAGUUCCUUGGCGUGGGCUCAGAGCAGCGCACGUGUGCGCUACGCGCCGGGCCUGAGGGCGCCCGCGUGCGAUUCGUGGGGAGGCAAGCGCUCACCGAGUUGCUCCAAGAGAAGGUCCUAGAUGAAGAGGCAGAACAACCAGAGGAUCCAGAAGACGAACCAGUCAUGCGGCUACGGUGGACGAACGAGGUGGCCUACUUCAACGAGUUGUCUUUGGACCGCAUUGAUUCCUUGAAUCACAAGGAAGCUCGGAACUUGCUGACCUGGAAUCCCGGGCCGGUAGACGGGCCAGAUACACCUCUAGAUUUCCUUCAGCUGCAGGGACAGUCAGUGUUCAUGGUGGACAACGCCCUUGGGACUUCUGUGUCUGGGCCGCUGCCGGAAGGCAUUGAGGAGAGGUAUUACUUCGAUGGGCAGACCAUCCUGAAGCCAGGGGUUAAGGGUGACUCCGCCAUUUUGAUCUUGCGCGGUGAGGUCGAGGCACUGGUUCCGGAUGGCUGUGCAGGCAACUGCCUGCACCGUGCCUGGGAAGCUGACACCGUGGGCUGGUUAGGCGACGGUCGUGACCUGCGCUGCGGCGAGGACCCGCCAGCGCCAAUGGUGGCCAAGCAGUCGCCCAAGGCAGACUUGCCAGACCUGGACUCGGACCAGGAGAAGGUCAGGAGAUAUCUCUUGGAGCAGCCGGACCGCACGGCUGAGCAGGAGGUGAUCAUGGUGUCGCUGGUCCUACCGCAGAACAUCAAGCGCGCCAUGGCGCACCUGCGCAAGGCUGCUGAGGAUGGCAAACUGGACCUCAGCGGCAUGAAGACCACAGACUGGCGCUGGCUCUGGGGGGAUCCUGACUGCCUCGUCGUCUUCGAUGUCUUGGAGAAGGCGAAGCUACUAAGCCCUCAUGGCUUAGAGAUCGCCGAGGAGGUGCGGUUCUUCUUGAACCCUCCACAAGAGGAGCCACCUCCAGAGCCACAGGCUGUGCUAGGGCCCGGCAUGCAGAUUGGCCGCCUUGCACUCUUGGGUGUUCCGAUCGUCCUUUCGGGCGUGGUCCGCGCCAAGGGUCCUGUACUGGUGGCGAUUCUACACCGAUCUGUCCUGCUUCAAGCGCUGGAGAACUGUGAAGAGAAGGCGCUAUUCCUUCCACAUGGCCUGACGAUCCACGACCGGCUUGAUGUGCUGAAGGCCCUUCCAUCCACCAAGAAGGAGGUCAAGGACCGGCCGUCGCAUUUGGGGCCUAUCACUGGACCGCCGGCACACAAGGAUCGGCACAACCAGGCAGAGGCUGCAGCUGGAACCUUCGGGGCCUGGUCUUCGGGUACCGGCCGCUACAGGCACGUUCCCGCGGCGGAUGCCUUCGAGCACGUGCUGAUGAGCGCCCUGAAGAGCUACUCUGUGAUUUGGGACUUGGUACAUGACGCCCCUCCGCGGCUCUUAGAUCAACUGGUGAGGGCUUGGGAGCCUCGCUGGCUUCUGCCGGGCGAAACAAUUGUCGCAGACGAGGAGCCCGACGCCGACUUUGUUUUUGUUCUGGUGCACGGCUCCUGCGUGGUUCUGCUCGAGGACCGCGAGAUCGAGAACGUUGGGCAAGGAUCAGUUCAGGGAGCCGCGCAGCUGCUUGCCUUGAAUGGCUGGACACGUACUGUCCAGGUGUCCCCGACUUGCAAUGGGGAGGCCAUGAUCCAGGUUCUCACACGGGCCAAGCUCAUGGACAUGCUUGAUGGCCACCCUUUGCCGAAGACACGGCUGAGGGCCUUGGAGCAAUCCCUGGAGGAAGGCAAAGAGGCGGAUUGGCGAAUCCUGAAAAAUAUUCCAGCGUACGGCAGCUGUGCCUACCAGCCUUUCCUUGCCCGCCUACACAAGGAUGCGGACAUCCGGCUUUUUUGUGCUGGCGACAUGGUGGCCUUUGCUGGAGAUGACUCCGCAGCAAUGAUGGUGGUGCUUGCGGGCACUGUCCGGUGCGAGCAACCUCAGACUUUGUUCUUCGUGGAGCUCCGCCGUGGGGAGUGGUGCUACCAGGACAACAUCCUCGGCAACACGCCCAUCUUCGGGCACGAUGCAGUGGCAGUCACCAAUGUUCUGGUCUUGGUUCUCUACAGGCAUGCCAUGCAGAACGCCAUGGUGGCCUAUCCGGAGACCCGUAAGGUGGUCAUCGCGAACGAGACCUGGAGAAAGCAAACCGAUUGCCCAGAACCCUCAGCUUUGCCACUCUUCGCAAAGCUCCCUGCAUCCCUACUGUCAGACAUCAUUGAGGAAGCGAAGCCUGUGUACUACCGGCCCUGUUCUUUGCUCUUCUCUCCGGGUGAGACCGUGGAGGAAAACGCCCUGCUCUUUGUGGUUCGUGGGGAGUUACAAGUGGCCAUCAUGGGCAUUGAAGUUCGAAGAAUCGGAGCAGGCGGCUACAUUGGGCUGCAUCAUUUCAUGGGCCUUGAGUGUCCUGCUCCAAAUGUCACUGUCCGGUCCACGCAGGCCUGCGACUGUCUGCUUCUGCAGCAGUCAACCAUCCAGAAAGUGUUGGACGACGAGCUGAUGGAAGAUGACAUGCUCCCGUACACAGCGGCGGUACGAGUGCUGUCUGGCGGUGAGAUCCUGGAUGCUUUUGGCUUUCCUGUGGGCGAUGGAAGUGCAAAGAACGUGCCCGACUGCGUGGAGCAGAGUGAGGUGUUUCGCGCCUGCUCCCGCAGUUUCGUCUCGCAGGUCGCGGAGAUCGUCGAGGAUCUAGCCUUCUGGCCGGGCGAGAAGCUCUACCUCCAGUAUGAAGAGGGCAAUUUUAUGUACUUCAUUCGGUCUGGCCGCGUGCGGCUAGAGGUGCUGGGGCGCAAGGAGCAUGAGAUUGUCGAGGCAGGUACCACGCUGGGGGACAUGGCCGUCCUGGACCAGGUGCCGCACUAUGUGGAGUCAGCCUUUGCAGAGACCCAUGUCUGGGUCAGGGCACUCAACAAGAAGCCGGGUUGCCCAGUAAAAGGUGGUCUGGGGCUCAUGAGUUGGCCAGGAAACCCUCAUCUAGAUCCGUGA